GAGGCACUGGGGCGUGGCCCUGCCCACUGUUUUUCCAGACACGGAGAGGGUCGGAUUCCUGCCCUCACGUUUGUGGCUGAGCGGGCCGCGGUUCGGAUCCGGUGUUUCCAGCCCCGAGAGGGACGUGGUGCCUCUACCCAGGAUUUUGUCGCUCUGUCACCUGCGCUAUGCCCUGCUGUAGUCACAGGAGGUGUAGAGAGGACCCCGGGACAUCUGAAAGCCAGGAAAUGGACCCGGUGGCCUUUGAGGAUGUGGCUGUGAACUUCACCCAGGAGGAGUGGGCUUUGCUGGAUAUUUUUCAGAAGAAUCUCUACAGGGAAGUGAUGCUGGAAACUUUCAGGAACCUGACCUCUAUAGGAAAAAGUUGGAAAGACCAGAACAUUGAAUAUGAGUACCAAAACCCCAGGAGAAACUUCAGGAGUCUCAUAGAAGAGAAAGUCAAUGAAAUUAAAGAAGAUAGUCAUUGUGGAGAAACUUUUACCCAGGUUCCAGAUGACAGGCUGAACUUCCAGGAGAAGCAAACUUCUCCUGAAGUAAAAUCAUGUGACAGCUUUGUGUAUGGUGAAGUUGGCAUAGGUAACUCAUCUUUUAAUAUGAGCAUCAGAGGUGACAUUGGACACAAGGCAUAUGAGUAUCAGGAAUAUGGACCGAAGCCAUGUAAGUGUCAACAACUUAAAAAAGCCUUCAGAUAUCACCCCUCCUUUAGAGCACAAGAAAGGGAUCACACUGGAGAGAAACCCUAUGUUUGUAAAGAAUGUGGAAAAACCUUUGUUUCCCAUUCAAGCAUUCAAAGACACAUGGUAAUACACAAAGGAGAUGGACCUUAUAAAUGUAAAUUUUGUGGGAAAGCCUUCCAUUGUCUCAGUUUAUAUCUUAUCCAUGAAAGAACUCACACUGGAGAGAAACCAUAUGAAUGUAAACAAUGUGGUAAAUCCUUCAGUUAUUCUGCUGCCCUUCAAAUACAUAAAAGAACUCACACUGGAGAAAAGCCUUAUGAAUGUCAGGAAUGUGGGAAAGCAUUUCAUAGUCCCAGAUGCUGUCGUAGACAUGAAAUGAUUCACAUGGGAGAGAAGUCUUAUCAAUGUAAGGAAUGUGGGAAAGCAUUCACGUGUCCCCAUUAUGUUCGUAGACAUGAAAGGACCCACUCUGGGAAAAAACCCUAUGAAUGUAAGCAGUGUGGGAAAGCAUUAUCCUCUCUUACAAGUUUUCAAACACACGUAAGAAUGCACUCUGGAGAAAGACCUUAUGAAUGUAAGGUAUGUGGGAAAGGCUUUUGUUCUGCAAAUUCAUUUCAAAGACAUGAAAAAACUCACAGUGGAGAGAAACCCUAUAAAUGCAGGCAAUGCGGUAAAGCCUUCAUUCAUUCCAGUUCCCUUCGAUAUCAUGAAAGGACUCACACUGGAGAGAAACCCUAUGAAUGUAAGCAAUGUGGGAAAUCCUUCAGAUCUGCCUCACACCUUCGAUUGCAUGGUAGGACUCACACUGGAGAGAAACCCUAUGAAUGUAAGGAAUGUGGGAAAGCCUUCAGAUCUAUGAAGAACCUUCAAAGUCAUGAAAGGACACAAACACACAUAAGAAUACACUCUGGAGAUAGACCUUAUAAAUGUAAGAUAUGUGGGAAAGGCUUUUAUUGUCCCAAAUCAUUUCAAAGACAUGAAAAAACUCACACUGGAGAGAAACUCUAUGAAUGCAAGCAAUGUGGUGAAGCCUUCAGUAGUUCUAGUUCCUUUCGAUAUCAUGAAAGGACUCACACUGGAGAGAAACCCUACAAAUGCAAGCAAUGUGGGAAAGCCUUCAGAGCUGCCUCAUCAUUUCAAAUACAUGAAAAAUCUUACACUGGAGAGAAACGCUAUGAGUGUAAGAAAUGUGGUAAAGCCUUUGUUUCUUUCACUUCCUUUUGAUAUCAUGAAAGGACUCACACUGGAGAGAACCCCUAUGAGUGUAAGCAAUGUGGGAAAGCCUUCAGAUUUACCUCACACCUUCAAAAUCAUUGUAGGACACACACUGGAGAGAAACCCUAUGAAUGUAAGGAAUGUGGAAAAGUGUUCCAUAAUUUCUCUUCUUUGCAAAUACAUGAAAGGAUGCACAGAGGAGAGAAGCCCUAUGAAUGUAAGCAUUGUGGGAAAGCAUUCACAUCUGCCAAGAUCCUUUGAAUACAUGCAAGGACUCACAUGGGAGAGAAACCCUAUGAGUGUAUGCAGUGUAGAAAAGCCUUCAUUUCUUCUAGUUCCCUUCAAUAUCAUGAAAGGACUCACACUGGAGAGAAGCCCUGUGAAUGUAAGCAAUGUGGAAAGCCUUCAGAUCAGCCUCACCUUUAAAUGCAUGGAAGGACUCACACUCAAGAGAAACCCAAUGAAUGUAAGCAGUGUGAGAAAGCAUUCAGACCUGACAAGAUUCUUUGAAUACAGAUAAUGAAUGUAAACAAUUAACUGUUUAUAAUAACUGUGUACUAACAAAUGUUAUUUUUAAAUAAUUAAGCUAUAAUA